AUGGCCGUCACUGACUCCUCAGAGAAGCGCCCAGAAUGGUGCCCACCUGGAAGAAGUCGAUUUGUCACUCGACCGACAAGGCCAGGCGCUCAGUCUUCGUCUGGGAGUUCUUCAAAGAGGCCAAAUUCUUCUUCAUCUUCAAGACAUAGUACAUCGCUUACGACACCUCCAUCGUUGGAGCCGUCUCCUAGAGUAAGGAGGAUAUCAAGCAACCAACCGUCUAAUUCCCAGUUAUCAAGACCAAGGUCGAGGUCCCCAGCUCCUGAUGAUGGGGCAGUAAGCGAGACCUCAAGCCCAGACAUUCAUGGCAAGCACAAGGAACCAGACCUUGAGCCAUCUCAGAGAACACAAAACCUUUCACCUAUAUUCAGUUUACCGAAAGAGUUGUUCUAUGUACGUGAGAGUGGCCAAUCAUACGAGUUCGGCUUGUCCUCAGGGCAUGAUAUUUUAACGCUGAAGUUACGAUUGGCCGAAGAAAUCCGAAUGAGAUGCCAGGUCCAACAUCAGCUAGAUGAGCUCGAUGCACUGCUAACGAAGGUUUCCGAGCACUACGACGAAGCUCAAUCUCGCGCCAAUGACUUAGAGCAACGAUUGAAUGCUGCUCUUGAAGGCCAGGCAACUCAGCAAGCAGCAAACCAGUUCGAAGCCGCCUCUAUGUUGCCAAACGUUCGACCAAAACCUGCUAACCCUAAGGAAUUUACGCCGGAAAAUUACAUCUGGGUAACACAGCAAUGGGAACGCGUUGCAGAAGAAAAUCUUAGACUGGAUAACUGUCUGCACAUUGCCGGCAUACAAAAGCACCAGUUAGAAAGGGAAAUUAUUAGACUCUCUCAAGAAGUAGAGAACUAUCAGAAGCCGAAUAUAGGCCAUGGAAAGUCCAUGAUCGACGCUGCUCAGCAGACCGAAGAGGAAGAGCCGACGCGAAUGACAGCAGUGGCUACCCAAACAGAAUUUGGGGAUCAGAAAGAUACGGAAAACGGACCCAUCGAGCCAGAAUAUCAGGUAGUUCCUCUCAAACAACCGAGAACUGUAACGACCGACGCUGCAGUUCAAGCUGUAGAACAGCCUGAUGAGCACAUGCUGUCCAAUGAGUUAUCCGGCCAAAUAACCAAAGCCUCUGAGGUACUGGAAGUAAAAAUCCAAGAGUUUGGAGAAGAAAGGCUUGACAGGAAGAUUGAAGUGUGCGUCAAACAGGAAGAUUCUGGACAGGGCAGCUCUUCACAGACUAAAGCUUCAAAGGGGAAGGGAAUCGCGCGUGAAACGACGAUGGCCCAGAACGAACAAAGCUCCAUGACACGAGACUUCGAGCUACUGCAACCGCUAGCUUCUAAUAUUCCUCAAGGAAACGGGUUCGCUGGGUUGCAGUAUGAAAAUGAGCGACUUCGUCGGGAAAAUGAGCGGCUUCGUCGGGAAAAUGAUGAGAUGAGAAACACUCUCGAGCAACAUCAAAUCGAAGACAGCCGCCCAGAAGGACCAGAGAGUCAUCAUAGUCACGCAAGCCCAGAAGAAACGCAGGUCUGGAAUACAAACCCCGGGGCCGAGGUUGAAGACGCCGAUGUCGAGAUGGGAGUGAUGAUGCUGGACGCCGACGAGAUAGUCAACGACAUGAGCGGCUCAGACUACGAGAGCAGAGGAGAUUGA